GAAGAGGAGGCGGGAUCCGGGAGCUGCGUCGGCUGCGGCCUGGUACCUAGGGGGCGGCCCCGGCGGAGUGCAGAACCAGCGGCCCCCGGCGAUUAUGGACCCGGCUGAAGCGGUGCUGCAAGAAAAAGCGCUCAAGUUUAUGUGCUCUAUGCCCAGGUCUCUGUGGCUGGGCUGCUCCAGCCUGGCGGACAGCAUGCCUUCGCUGCGAUGCCUGUAUAACCCAGGGACUGGCGCACUCACAGCUUUCCAGAAUUCCUCAGAGAGAGAAGACUGUAAUAAUGGCGAACCCCCUAGGAAGAUAAUACCAGAGAAGAAUUCACUUAGACAGACUUAUAACAGCUGUGCCAGGCUCUGCUUAAACCAAGAAACAGUAUGUCUAGCAGGCACUGCGAUGAAGACUGAAAAUUGUGUGGCCAAAACUAAACUUGCCAAUGGCACUUCCAGUAUGAUUGUGCCCAAGCAACGGAAGCUCUCAGCAAGCUAUGAGAAGGAAAAAGAACUGUGUGUCAAAUAUUUUGAGCAGUGGUCAGAGUCCGAUCAAGUGGAAUUUGUGGAACACCUUAUAUCCCAAAUGUGUCAUUACCAACAUGGACACAUAAACUCCUAUCUUAAACCUAUGUUGCAGAGAGAUUUCAUAACUGCUCUGCCAGCUCGGGGUUUGGAUCACAUUGCUGAAAACAUUUUGUCAUACCUGGAUGCCAAAUCACUAUGUGCUGCUGAACUUGUGUGUAAGGAGUGGUACCGAGUGACAUCUGAUGGCAUGUUAUGGAAGAAACUCAUCGAGAGAAUGGUCAGGACAGAUUCUCUGUGGAGAGGCCUGGCAGAACGAAGAGGGUGGGGACAGUAUUUAUUCAAAAACAAACCUCCUGAUGGGAAUGCUCCUCCCAACUCUUUUUAUAGAGCACUUUAUCCUAAAAUUAUACAAGACAUUGAGACAAUAGAAUCUAAUUGGAGAUGUGGAAGACACAGUUUACAGAGAAUUCACUGCCGAAGUGAAACAAGCAAAGGUGUUUACUGUUUACAGUAUGAUGACCAGAAAAUAGUAAGCGGCCUUCGAGACAACACAAUCAAGAUCUGGGAUAAAAGCAUUUUGGAAUGCAAGCGAAUUCUCACAGGCCACACGGGUUCUGUCCUGUGUCUCCAGUAUGACGAGAGGGUGAUCAUAACUGGGUCAUCGGAUUCCACCGUCAGGGUGUGGGAUGUAAAUACAGGUGAAAUGCUAAAUACACUGAUACACCAUUGUGAAGCAGUUCUGCAUUUGCGUUUCAAUAAUGGCAUGAUGGUGACAUGCUCCAAAGACCGGUCUAUUGCUGUCUGGGAUAUGGCCUCCCCAACCGACAUAACUCUGCGGAGGGUACUGGUUGGUCACCGAGCUGCUGUCAAUGUUGUAGACUUUGAUGACAAGUACAUCGUUUCUGCAUCUGGGGAUAGAACUAUAAAGGUAUGGAACACCAGUACUUGUGAAUUUGUAAGGACCUUAAACGGACACAAACGUGGCAUCGCCUGUUUGCAGUACAGAGACAGGCUGGUUGUGAGUGGCUCAUCUGACAACACUAUCAGAUUAUGGGACAUAGAAUGUGGUGCUUGUUUAAGGGUGUUAGAAGGCCAUGAGGAAUUGGUGCGCUGUAUUCGAUUUGAUAAUAAGAGGAUAGUCAGUGGCGCCUAUGAUGGAAAAAUUAAAGUAUGGGAUCUUGUGGCUGCUUUAGACCCCCGUGCUCCUGCAGGGACUCUCUGUCUACGGACCCUUGUGGAGCAUUCUGGAAGAGUUUUCCGCCUCCAGUUUGAUGAAUUCCAGAUUGUCAGUAGUUCACAUGAUGACACAAUCCUCAUCUGGGAUUUCCUGAAUGACCCAGCUACCCAAACUGAACCCCCUCGCUCCCCUUCUCGAACAUACACCUAUAUCUCCAGAUAAAUGAUCAUACACUGACCUCAUGUUUGCCCAGGACUCAUUAAAGUUGCGGUAUUUAACAUAGCUGCCAAUACCAGGAUGAGCAACAGCAGUAAUAAUCAAACUACUACCCACUUUCCCGGACUAGCCGAGGAGCGGGGCUUUGAGACUCCUGUUGGGACACAGUUGGUCUGCAGUCGACCCAGGACGGGCUGCUCAGCACAGCUGACUGCUUCAGUGCUGCUAUCAGAAGAUGUCUCUUAUCUUUCAUGAAUGAUUGGAACUUUAAACCUCCCUCCUUUCCCCUCUGCACCUGUUUUUUCCUCAUUUGGUUCCAGACAAAGAUGACUUAUAAAUAUAUUUAGUGUUUUGCCAGAAUCUCUCUUGCUUUGCCAUUAAGCAGAAGAACUAGUUUCUACCCUGUGUAGCCUUCUGGGACUGGCCCACUUCUAGGGGACAGGGGGUGCAACUUCAAGCCAGGCAGCACCCAGUGCCUCCCUGUGAACUGCAGGAAUGCCCAGCGCCUGGAAAGAUGGGCCCAGCCCCAUUAUACCUAGGAGGAGACUGCUGUCUGUAUAGCCUCUGGGGCAAGAAAGAAAGGAAACAAGAAUGCACAGUGGAAGAUCUAGGCCUCUUCCAUCUUUCUCUGUUUCUGUCCCUCUUCCCCCACUUCCCUUCAACCUGUUUCCCCACUUCACCUAAGAAGAAAGAAUAUGAAGAGAGUGUCCUCAGUUAGCAUGAGGCAGAUCAGCUAGAAAAUACAACAUUUGGAAGAAUUUACUGCUGUUCUAUCAAAAUUUCAAACCCAGGCUUUUGCUGCAAGUGACUCUGUGUGGCAACAAUGGAUUCUCAGACAUGGUUACUCUCGUCAUAUUUGCAACUCUUCUCUCUUCUGCUAAUGCACCCCCUCCAUUAAGGGGGGAGGGGGUAGAAACUUCCUGGGCUCCAUCAAUGGCCACAUCUUUUUCUGGACUCAGCAGUCUCCUUGAUUCCAUGUAGAGUGUGGAAAGGAGUUGCUGAUUACAUUUCCUCUCAUUAACAAUUAGAUGUGUAAUAAAAAGCAUUGUACUUCAUCUUAAAUCACUGGUAAGGCUCAGCCUACAGAAAGGUUUGAAGUGGCCAGGGCCAGCGCUCAGUGCGUUCCAAAUGAUAUUUCACAUCUGAUUCCUCAUCAGGGCGGGCCUGUAGCAGGUGCCUGUAUCUUUGUCAUGGCCAUGAUCAGGUAGUCAGGAUUAAAAGUGGAUUUUUUUUUUUAGGUCAUUAAAUAUUAACCCUCAAAAGUCAAUCUAAUGAUCUCAGCCUUGCACUGCAGAACAACCUCCUGCUUUUCCAAAUCCCAAUACUUCUAAAGGUAAAGCUGCCGGAGAGAGCAUCAGGGUGAAGUUUAGCACACAGGGUUUAUUAAGGGGCACAAACUGCCUUUUUUUCCUUCCUCCUCCUGGCCUUAUUUUACUCUACACUCUCCAAACAAUAACAUUUCUCUGGCCAUUGGUAAGCAACAUACACAAAAGAACCUCAGCAAGGGCCAGUGACCCUGGCCACUGGCAAAGCAGCCUGGACCUGAGGUCCAAGGUGUGUGUUGGCCUGACCUGGGGGGCAACAGGAGCGCUGUGAGCUGCACCUGCUGUCUCCUGGGGCAGGAGCAGACCUACACCAGUCUAGACUUGUGGGCACGCCUGUCGAAAGCCCGAGUCCACAGUGACUCUUAAGUUUCCCUUGGGAACUAGGAGCAGUCUCUUGGAAUAGUCAGGCCGUUAUUUGUGUUCUUAAUGAAAGCAUUUGAAUAAAAGAAAGCCCCCUUUUAACCAGUUACUGUAAAAACAUCAGAAUGGAAGCCAAUUGCAGGUGACCUACAAGCCAGGCCACCUUUUUGUUCAGCACAGGGGAAGGGACAAAACCAGUUGCACUCUUGUCUCUGAUUUGCAAGAAAGGAUCCUCUUCCCCAGAUGUACCCAGUAUGUUGGUAUUACAUACUAGGAGGCAGGUUAAGCAUAGGCAUUUUUCCUUUCCUGCUCUGAAUGUGUUUAAGGUUUUAAUUCAGGUUAUAUUCAGAAAAUAUUUCCUGGUGUAAUGAUAUUUAUUGCUAGGGAAAUAUUUCUUGAGUAUAAUUCCCUUCCCUAUGACCAAAUACUACAGAGAAAUGUUUUCUGUUUAGCCACUAUCAGGGUUCCUUGUCUGUUGUGUUGACUCUUGCUGACUUUUUGAUUGGUUAAGGAUUUUGUUAUAGAUGAGACAGAGGGCUGCCAUCCUGAAAACACAAUAAAGAGGCAUGGGUUUUGAGCUGUUUCGAAAUACUGCCCAAUAGCCAUAACUCUACUAGCCCUCUAUUAUAUGCUGCUAUUCAAAAGUGGGAGCUGUUGAAUAUUCACUGGUGCCCGGGUUUUGCUCUCCCAUCUAGGUUCAGUUGAAGGUGCAUUGUUUCUCAGACUGUUCAAGCUUGUCCAGAACAUCAUAAAUGAGAUCAAGGGUGGACCCUGCAGUCGGGAGCCAUUAGCUCUGUCGAGGAUAUUCUCCAAGUUGUCCUCUGCUGCUGAUGGAAAUGGGAAUGAAGUUAAGUGGUCUGAAAAACUUGAGUCAGUCACAUUUCUCAGCUCUGGGGGUCAUUUACCAGUUCAUUGUAGAAGAAAUAAUCAGGUAAGUAGAAGUUCAUUUCCAGAGAAGGUAAACCCCACUUACCAUCUCUGCAUGAUUUCAGUGGGAAUUGAUUAUCACUUAUCCCCAACUGGGCUAGAAUAAAUGUAAAGAUUGACCUUUUUAAAAAGAAAAGAGAGACAAAGAAGAUAACACUUUUAAAGAAGUGUAGAAAAGAAGCUGAAGGCAUCUCUUGACUCUGAAAUGAAAUUUCUCCAGUAUAGACUAAUCUCUUCUCUCUGCAGUUUGCAAAGAGGGCCUGGAAGAAUUGUUUCCUAAAAAUGGGAAGAAGCCCUUUCAAAGGCAGGCGAGGAGUGGCGCGUGCUCCCACACCUGGGAACGCUUGUGAGCUUGGACAAAACCAGCAUGCCCGUCUGCGCACGUGCACACGUGUGUGUGCGUGCCUCUGUGUGUGUGUGUGUGUGUGUGUGUGUGUGUAUUCCACUGCUGAGGACUACUUAUGUGCAAUUUGAAAGUGGACAUGAAUUGUGAAGGAGAGAACUUUUACACUUGUUCCUUCACAGAAUUCUUUUUGGUGACUUCAGGAAUUUCAAAGACAGGGACAUUGGAAUUCUGUUGACAAGUAAUAAAUCUGGCCCUCGUAAUUUGUUUCUGAACUGGAAGAGAUCCUGGGACCCUCUAAAUAAUUCUGGUUUCUACUUAACUAAGAAAAAUCUUUUUAUUUUUCUUGUGUACAAUCAAAAGCUGAACAGAAGAAAACAUUCACUCUCCUUGGCCAUCUCUUACCCUUUGGUCUGAGCAGCUGCGCUGGCUUAGCAACACAGCCCUUGGUUGUGUAUGGAAACAGGUCCAUUUUGGAGGGGUGUGAUAUCAGAAAUCAUUGCAGUGAUUUUGUCUUUCCUAGAAUUAGAUCAGAUACUCCGGCGUCGUUGGACUUGGUGUCUUCCAUUUUCCCUACAUGGUAAUAAUACCUCCUGCCUGACACGGAAGCACCCAGCCCAGAAUAGUGCAGGCCUGCAGGGUUAGUCUUCAAGCUUGCUUCUGGAAAAAUCCAAGAUACUUAGGCAGAAAAGGGCCUGCAAAACCUUUUUACUUAAAUCCGUACUCCUCAUCUCUGUCCUCAGUUAGAUGAGCUUGGCAGACCCCAUUCAGCUGGAACUGAAGAACCUGGGAACUGCCCUUGUUUCUCCGUGCCCCCCUCUCUCCCUUCCUAGAAUAACUCUCACGUCUAAUAAGUGUACCCAGAGUCUUCAGGCUGAGUUGAUAAAUCUGGGUGUCAUUCACAUAGGUGAUCGCCAAAAGACUAGAACCCCUUCUUUAUCCACAUUCGCAGCCUCAUCAGUGCUAGAAAGACAGCCUGCUCUUAGGGAGGUAAGCUGGGUUUGGGUUUUUUUGUUGUUGUUGUUGUUGAUUUUAAUCUGUAGUUCAUCUGUGACCUCAGACUCCUUGCCACAGAGGAGAGAAACUAAAAAUCGUAAUAGCAUGGUUUGGGCUAUCUGAUUUCAGGUGAAAACUUAAUGCAUUGAUAUCCACAAACCUCUUCUGUUGGAAAUUGAAUACUUAGGAUCUAAAAUUUUCUGGAGGCAGAGAGCAUCUAAAAUCCAUGCACUCCAAUACACUUGCAACACACUUGCUCAGCUUCUGAUUGGCAUUUGCACGCGCGUGUGUGCGUGUGUGAGUAUCAAUGCAUGAUAAAGCAUCACUUCCCCUCUGUCCCGUUCCCUUCUUGGACACUGAAGAAGACGGACUAGGAGGGUUAGACCUCUGGGUACCCAGGAAACUAACACUUUCCCAAAUCAUUGAUCACUCCAGCCCAACCCAGACUGUUCUGAGUAAUGUCCACUGGAUCAUUUUCUUUCUGGGGCGGGCUUGGCAACAGAUGGGAGCUGUGCUGAGAGCUUUCGGCUGUCCAGGCCUCUGCUCUCUAGAACUGCUUUGAUUUUUGUGAUUAUGUUCUGGUGAUGUAUAUAGUCAGUGUACCAAUAUGUUCAUAACCUAGGAUCAUGGUAAUAUAGUGUGUUUUGGUUUUUUUAACUGUUCAGAAAAAAAAGUAACUUAAAUUGCAAAUAUAAGAUUAAAGUGAA